CCAGCAGCCGGCCAGUUCCCGCGCGUCGUGCAACUCCGUGGCCUUGUACUCCCACGAGCCCUCAGGAUGACCGUCAAGAAGAUUGCCAUCUUCGGUGCCACGGGCAGAACCGGGCUCACCACCCUGGCGCAGGCGGUGGAAGCAGGUUAUGAGGUGACAGUGCUGGUGCGGGAUGCCUCCAGGCUGCCCCCAGAGGGGCCCCAGCCAGCCCACGUGGUAGUGGGUGACGUUUUGCAUGCGGCUGAUGUAGACAAGACCGUGGCUGGGCAGGACGCUGUCAUCGUGUUGCUGGGCACCCGCAAUGAUCUCAGUCCUACCACAGUUAUGUCCGAGGGCGCCCGGAACAUUGUGGCGGCCAUGAAGGCCCAUGGUGUGAACAAGGUCGUGGCCUGCACCUCGGCCUUCCUGCUGUGGGACCCGGCCAAGGUGCCCCCGCGACUGCAGGACGUGACGGAUGACCACAUCCGGAUGCACAAGGUGCUGCAGGAGUCUGGCCUAAAGUAUGUGGCUGUGAUGCCGCCACACAUAGGAGACCAGCCGCUGACUGGGGCCUACUCAGUGACCCUGGAUGGACGAGGGCCCUCAAGGGUCAUCUCCAAGCACGACCUGGGCCACUUCAUGCUGAGCUGUCUCACCACCGAUAAAUACGACGGGCACAGCACCUACCCCUCCCACCAGUACGACUAGGGACCUCACCUCAUCCCGGAGGACAGCAUUCUGAGAAAUGGGGAGAACAGAGGAAAGGAGCAAUAAAUCUUGAGCCCAGAGCUUCACAUUGUUCUAGAA